UUUUGUUACUAACACAUUACAGAAUCUAGUUCAAAACUGCUACAUAGCCAUUCCAAUUAUGCAAAUUAAGCAUGAGUAGCCAACAACACAAUCUUAAAAUAUCACAAGCCACUGGAAUAGUUCGAGAUGAUCGAGGUGUUGCUUUUAUACCUGCCACCCAAAGACCUGAUGGUACAUGGAGAAAAGCACAAAGAGUAAAAGAAGGUUAUGUUCCAGAUGAAGACGUAAAGAGGUAUGAAACUUCUCGUGCUCGCAAUAGAAGAAAUGCUCCAGCUUGUCCUGGGUUGAGUCCUGAUUUUGUUGCCCCAAUUCAAACCAAGAAAUCAGUUCCUGGUUUCAGUUCUUCUUCCACUGAUGUAGAACUUCCUCUAAGCAAAGGAGCGAAGAAAAAUCUCAAGCGGAAAGAGCAGAGGUUGAAAAAGAAGGGCGAGCAAAAUGAAGUCCUCAUUCAGCAACAAUACAAUGAUUUAGUCACGGGUGAUAAGAAUGUUUCUGAAAUCACGGAAAAAUUAGCUACAAGCCAUGUCUCUUCCAGCAAUGCCUCCUCACUUACUGACACUGAAGCAGCUGCAAAAAAAAUUAAGAAUUUAAAAAAGAAAAUUCGUCAGAUAGAUGACUUGAAAGCAAAAAUCGAUUCUGGAGAGAUAUCAAAACCCGACAAAACGCAGCUUGAGAAAAUACAAAAACGUCAAGAAAUUAUUGAUGAACUAAAUAAAUUAGAGUCUUCAUGAAUUAGUUACUUUUUAUAGAAUGAAUUGUUCAUGUUCACUAACUUUUAUAGUUGUUUGAAUCAAUAUAGUUUAUGCGGGGUUGAGUAUUUUGCAAUAAACUACACCAACAAA